AAUAAAUCGAUGGAUAGUAACAGUCAUUCAUUUUAAAUCACUAAAUGUUUGAGGCAAAUCGGUUUCUGUUUUCUGUGCAGCUCGAAUAAACAAAGCGGAAAAUGGAAGGACUACCAAAAUUACCUGGUCUCGAUUUCAAAAAUCGACUAAAACUGAAUCAUCACGUCGCUCAUUCGUUAGACUUAGUGAACGGUUAUCGAAUCCCCAGAGCCCCGCCGCUGGGAAUCGGUAAAGAUGUGCUAAACGAAGACUCAAUCGCUUAUAUUCGGAAAAAUGACGCUACAUUGUACGAUGCUGUUUUCACGUACGGACGAGUUAAACAGGCUCCAGUGGAACCGUUCAGACCGCAUUUCGUGCGCUACGACAAAGUCAAACUCACAUUCAAAGCAUUUUUCAAACAAUCCGUCCCUGAAUCGGGACUGGAACAUUAUCGCAUUCGACUUGUGAAUAUCAUGUAUUUCAUGGAUGACGAUACCAUGACUGUGAUUGAACCGAAGGUCGAGAACUGUGGAUUUCCACAAGGUCGUCUGGUAAGACGGGGUAAAAUUCCGAAGAACAUCAACGGAGAGUAUUAUUAUUGGAAGGAUUUGAAUAUUGGAAUCGAUAUCGAUUUGUUUGGAAUUGUUUACCACAUAACGGACUGUGACGAAUUUACUAGGGACUUUAUGAUAGCCCAAGGAGUGGAACUCAAUGACUCGGAAUGUUCUCCUGUCGAUUCUGUGGAACUGGAUAAAAAAACGGCGACCAGACCAUAUACAAUGCAGACACCAACCACUGACGACAAACUUCGACGGUAUCUAGAAUUCCAAGGAAAGGUUUUAUCGUUCGACUGUGUUCUUGAUGAAUCCGAUCGCCCACAUGGCGAAUGCAUUACCUACAAAAUGUACUACUAUCUGGAAGAUGAUACUGUAGCCAUCAAAGAGCUGAAGGAAAAUCAGGAGGGACGAGACCAUUUCCCUAUGUUCAUGAAACGAACCAAACUACCAAGAGAUUGGAAACGACAACCAGCAUCGUAUCCUGCAUGCCUGGAGGUAACCGAUAAUGAGGUGACCGAAUAUUAUCAACCGACGGAUUUUCGUAUUGGUAACACUAUUUACGUGUACGGACGUAGGUUUCUUCUACUCGACUGCGAUCCAUUCACACGAAAAUAUUACGCGAAUGUCUUAAAGUCUUCACAGAAUAGUAAGCUCAAGGUUGAGUUUCCGAAGAAGCCACUACCGAAACGGCCCCUUCCCGAAUACCUUGGCUUCGGUACUCCCGAAGACUCGAGAACAUCAUGUCUGAAUCUACAUCCGAAAACACCGAAGAAGGACAUAAUUCGAUACUUGGUGAAUGCCAACAAGUACUUACGAUUCGGUUGUGUCUUUGACACCGCACAUCCGGAAGACAAAAUGCGACAUUUCGUUUUGAAGUAUUCAUUAGCCGAUGGAACGCUUUCGCUGAACGAACCGCCGAUUCGGAAUUCGGGCAUUCAAGGCGGAAAGUUUUUGUCAAGGAAAUUGGUUGUGAAGCCUGGUUGUGACUUAAAUGCACCGGAAUACUACACGGCCAAGGAUUUUUACAUUGGUGCGAUGCUGACGAUACAUAGCCAUCGAUUCAAAAUUAUUAGUGCUGAUCUGUACGUCUACCGCUAUAUGAAAGAAAACCCGGAACUAUUUUCUGGCAAUGCUAUAGCCGGCGUUCGAGACUUUCUGCUACGGAACGGUUAUUUGAAAGAGGACACUGGUAUCUGUAAAGACGACACCCUUAACCGUUCAUCAGGCGAAAAGACACCCGACUUAAAUGAUCGUCUUGAGAACAUUCACUAUUUCCCGGAUGAACAGCCGUUUCAAGAACCAUUCGACAAGAGUAAGGACAAAGAUGCAUCUCGUCCCUAUCAACUGGUAGAAAACGAAAUUAAAACAGAAACGGUGGGGCCAUCAAACUGUCAUGAUGAAUUUCCAAAAUUACCGCGUCACCUCAACAAGAAUGUUCAUUUUGCUGAAGAGCCAGGAAAACAUGACUGACCGGUCUCGCGGUUACACAGUUUAAUGAGUGCAUUUUCUUUCGGUCAUUUGGGGCAAUUGAAAUAAAAUUGUGAGCUUUACUUACAUGGAAUGGUAUUAAAACUUCUUGAGUGCAAUAACUAGUUUGCUU